CAAGCAUGCUAUACACAGGGGGGAUUGCAAUGAGCCUAUCCCGACUAUGUCCCCUAUAUUGGCUGACCUAGGGAUUGUCAUUUUUCCUGAUGUCCGUCAAGCCGCACUCGAGUUCCUUGUGAACAGCCAUUCCGAGCAGAUGGACAGUGGACUCACCCCCGAACAAGUCAAGAUCACCACGUCAAUCAAGACUCUCCGAAAUGCCAGUGUCGCACCACUGGUUGACAUCUACGACUUCUUCGACACACCCAGUGGUAGGGCCAUCAUCCGUCGAGCCUGGGAGAAGUGCACUGUCAAAGAAUGGAACUUGUCAGCAGAAUGCAUUACAAGUCGAAAAGCGAAGGCCGCCUGGCGCGAAUACUUGCGGCGGGACAAAACACUCCGAGACGAGAUCGAGGGCAAGGUCGGCAAGCUGAGGGACCUUAUUGCCGAGGAAGUGGAUGAAGAAGAGAAUGUCGGAGCUGAGGAGGCGUCCGAUGACACAGACGUGCCCUUGCGAGCCGUUGUCCAGCAAGCACUGGGUGUCGAUCUAGUACCGGAGGCGGGUGAGGGGGCCGCGGAGAAGCAGUUCUGCACUCAGGUGGGCAUAGCGGAGGUCCGGGAUGAGGACCAAACAUUGCAGAGUGGUGGCGAUGAAGAGAACAUUUGGGCAUAUAACGACGCAGGCGAGUUGUGGAGAGAGGCUAGUAGGGCGUGCGAAGCCCUCCCAGUCGCUGAAUGA